AUGUCAAGGUUUUUAUAUUCAAAAUCAUAUUUUGCCGACUUGCUAACUUAUAGCCCCUUUAUAAGUAUUAUGCAUUUAUUCAAGAAAUUGCUUUCAAAAUUAAAGCCUUCCUAUCUCGAAUUCGAAGAGGCAUUACCUGAAAGCCCCGAAGAGUUUAAAUCCGCUCAUCAUCAGAUUGUCUUGAAAGAAAUCUCCAAGUAUGAGGAUGUGGAUUUGAAUAAUUUAUCAGAUUCUCAAAUAAAGAAGAUCGCUAAAGAAAUUGCAAUGAUAAUUGCAACUUCGCUUCUGAAAUAUCCUAAUACAGCAGAGUGCGACACAGUAGGGUUCAACCUGAAAAAAAGUAUAGCUCACUUUCGCAAAUCAUCAAAAAAAUGACUGAAAAUUUCACUGUCAAACCUAUGGUAA